CACACUACAAGUCGCCAUUGCAAUCCUGCGAUGUUUUGCCAACUUCAGAUUAUUGUUCGAUCAUCGUUCAUCAAUCAAGCGGUUUUUAUUAAUACGUUAAUUUACAUUAUUUUUAAUUUUGUGCCAAUUAGUAUCGAAAAUAAGUGAAAUAAAACUACUAAAAGUAAAUUUAAUGCGCUAAACAACUACAAUCAAUCGGUUAUGUUUGCAAACGUGCAUAUGCUUUGUUGUGAGAACCACCUUUAUCUGCUGUCAUUCUGAGCUAAAGCAAGUAAUUUUUUGAUAAUGAAACAUAAGUUUCUUAUUGUAUAGUAUGUUAGGGAGUGCUGGAUAGUGCAAAUAACGAGACAAUAAACUUGUUGAUGUGUCGUAAUGAGAGUGGUGUUCCCAUUCGUAGUGCCUAUCAGGAGAAUGUACGGUGGUAUUUAGUGGCCGAUAGAAUCAGACCCAGGGUUCAGUAUGGAGACGGUAAAAGAUGAGGAACGCUUGCGGCGUCUUCGUGCGCUGGAGGAGAAACUUUGUGAUCCUCGCUCCACCGGCAACGUGGACUGCCUGCUUGACACUGUCACUGCACUCGUCUCUGACUGCGAUCACCCGGCCAUUCGUCGAAUGAAAAAUGUCGAAGCCUAUACAAGCCGAUAUGAAGAGUUUGCAUCUGAUAUCAUUGAUUUGCGUAUGAAAGCAGCUGAUUUUGACCUGAUUAAAGUAAUAGGUCGAGGUGCAUUCGGUGAAGUUCAACUAGUCAGACAUAAAUCCACACAUCAGGUAUUUGCCAUGAAACUCCUUAGUAAAGUGGAAAUGAUUAAAAGAUCAGAUUCAACAUUUUUUUGGGAAGAAAGACAUAUAAUGGCUCAUGCUAAUUCUGAAUGGAUCCUUAAACUUCACUUUGCUUUUCAAGACCAUAAAUAUCUGUAUAUGGUAAUGGAUUACAUGCCUGGUGGCGAUCUUGUAAGUCUCAUGUCUAAUUAUGAUAUACCAGAAAAAUGGGCGAAAUUUUAUACUAUGGAAAUUGUACUUGCACUCAAUGUUAUCCAUGGUAUGGGUUUUGUUCAUAGAGAUGUUAAACCAGACAAUAUGCUCAUUGACAAAUAUGGACAUUUGAAGUUAGCAGAUUUCGGCACUUGCAUGAGAAUGGGACCUGAUGGCCUGGUUCGAGCUAGUAAUGCUGUAGGUACUCCAGAUUACAUUUCACCUGAGGUAUUACAAUCUCAAAAUGGAGAAGGCGUUUAUGGCCGUGAAUGUGAUUGGUGGGCUGUGGGAAUAUUUUUAUAUGAGAUGUUAAUUGGUGAUCCACCUUUUUAUGCUGAUAGUUUAGUUGGAACGUAUGGGAAAAUAAUGGAUCACAGAAAUUCUUUACAAUUUCCUGAUGAUGUAGAAAUAUCAAAAGAAGCGAAAUCAUUGAUAAGGGGCCUAUUAACUGAUAGAGUAAAAAGACUUGGAAAGAAUAGUGUAGAUGAAAUAAAACAACAUCCUUUCUUUAUUAAUGACCAGUGGAGUUUCGAUAACUUGAGGGACUCUAUUCCUCCAGUUGUACCCGAACUAUCCAGUGAUGAUGACACAAGAAAUUUUGACGAUAUUGAAAAGUCCGAUGCUUUAGAUGAAUCAUUUCCUGUUCCUAAAGCGUUUGUCGGCAAUCAUUUACCAUUUGUAGGAUUCACAUAUAAUGGUGAUUAUCAACUUUGUGGAGGUAGACUAAAGCCUGCUGAUGUUGUUGAUACGAUAUCUAAUAAUCACAUAAACAACGUUGGGUCUGAGGCAAUAUUGCAGUUAGAAAAAUUAUUAGAAAGAGAAAGAGAUGGACGACGUAAACUUGAAGACAGGCAAGUACUGCUUUGUACUCAAUUGGACGAAAUUUCACAGAGAGAAAUUAGAAAUCAAAAAAUUAUAGCCGAUACUGAUAAAGAGUUGGCACUCCUUAAACAUGAUCUUAAAGAAAUUCAACGUAAGGCUGAAAUAGAGGCAGAUUCCAGAAGAAAAGCCGAAUUAAAUUAUAGUGAUGUUAAACGUCGUUUAGAAGAAGAGCAGAGUAAGAGAGCAAAAGAAAUGAGUAAUUUACAGAUAUAUAACGAAAAAAUCAAUGCGUUAGAGAAACAAUUGACAGAAAUGCGGGAAAAGUUAAAACAAGAAUCCGAAGCCGCAGCUAAAUCACGUAAGCAAGCGGCGGAACUGAGUGCAGCCCAAGCCGCAGCUGCUGCGGUUAGCGACGGUACCAUGGCAAGCUUACGAGCACAGAGGGACACUCUCGAAAGAGAGUGUAGCACUUUGUCAGAGGAGCUCGGGUCUGUAAAGGCAGCUAAACAAAGGGCGGAGGCUUCGGUAGCUGAAGCAACUAGUCGGUUGAAUGCUGCUCAUGCUGAGCUGGAGCGAUCAUCAACAAGAUUAGGACAAAUCAUGACUGACAAUCGGCAACUUUCGGAACGUGUUUCUUCUUUGGAAAAGGAGUAUGCCUCGAUGGCUCACGAUCUGAGAACUUCACAGCACAUGUACCAGCAAGAACUAAGAGCUCAUCAAGAGACGCAGCGCUCCCAAUUGCUUUCUAAACAAGAAGCCAAUUUGGAGCUGGUCAAGGGAACGUUGGAAAAAAUCUUGACAGCUUUACAAGGCAAAUUGAAUGAAGAGAAAACGGCAAGACAACGUGCCGAUUCAGUUUCCCAAGAAAAAGAUCGUCAGAUGUCUAUGUUAAGUGUUGAUUAUCGACAAAUGCAACAACGAUUACAAAAAUUGGAGGGUGAACAUCGACAGGAGAGCGAAAAGGUGGUGGGCCUGCAAGCGGCGCUGGAGCAGGAGCGCGCGGCGCGGCUGGCGGCGAGCGCCGAGACGGCGGCGGCGGAGGCCGCGAGCCGCGCCGCGCACGCCGAGCGCGAGGCGCGCGCGCGCGACCUGCUGGCCGUGCGCUCGGCGCUGCACGACGCGUCCGAGAAGCUGGCCGCCGCCGCCGCCGAGCGCGACAUGCACUACGUCAGGAGCGAGGAGUUACGAUCUCAGCUGGAGAACGAGCAGCAUUACUGCGUGGUGUACCGCACGCAGGCGAGCGAGCUGCGCGCGCAGCUGGAGGACAGCACGCGCGCAGCUCGCGACCUCGAGCAGGAGCGCGCCAGCCUCAUGCACCAGCUGCAGCUCGCCAUCGCGCGCGCCGACUCGGAAGCCAUCGCUAGGUCGAUAGCGGAGGAGACGGUGGGCGAGCUGGAGAAGGAGAAGACGAUGAAGGAGCUGGAGAUGCGCGACGCGCUGGCGCAGCACCGCGGGGACCUGGCGGCGCGCGACGCGCUGCUGCAGGGCCUGCGCGACCGCGACCACGAGAACAGGGCCACCAUCGACCUGCAGCGGAAGGAAGUGGAUGAGCUGCGUCGCAGCGGCACGGCGCUGGCGGAGCGGCUGGCGACCAUGCAGCGGCUGCAGGAGGACGUCGACCGCCUCAACAAGAAGCUCAACUCCGAGAUCAUGCUCAAGCAGCAAGCCGUCAACAAAUUGGCUGAGAUUAUGAACAGAAAAGAUAUGAAUCCUGCCUCAACGAAAAACAAGAGCAAGAUGUCAGUGCGCAAGGACAAGGACUACCGCAAGUUGCAGCAAGAGUUGACGCGGGAGAAGGAGAAAUCAGAUCAGCACAUCGCAAAACUGCAGCGAGAUCUGCAGGAUGCGCAGCAGCAGUUGCUUGAGGAGCAGCAGACGAGACUUCGGCUCGCCAUGGAGGUGGAUAGCAAAGACGUAGAAAUCGAACAGCUUAAAGAAAAGUUAGCUGCGUUAACAAGCGAGACCGCCUCGCAGUCGUCCGCCGACGCGGAGGACGGCGAGACGGAACAGACCCUAGAGGGCUGGCUCUCAGUGCCCUUCAAGCAGAACAUACGCAGGCAUGGCUGGAAGAAACAGUAUGUCGUCGUCUCCUCUAAGAAAAUUAUCUUCUACAACACCGAGAACGAUAAGCAGAACACUACAGAUCCAGUCAUGAUAUUGGAUUUGAGCAAAGUGUUCCACGUGCGGUCGGUGACGCAGGGCGACGUGAUCCGCGCUGACGCGAAGGACAUCCCGCGCAUCUUCCAGCUGCUGUACGCGGGCGAGGGCGAGGCGCGCCGGCCGGGCGACGCGCAGGACCAGCCCGCCGACGGCGCCGACCACGCCGGAAACACAGUCCAACACAAGGGCCACGACCUGGUCAGCAUCACGUACCACAUCCCCACCGCGUGCGAGGUGUGCACGCGUCCGCUGUGGCACAUGUUCCGUCCGCCGCAGGCUUACGAGUGUCGGCGUUGCCGCAUGAAGAUCCACGCGGAGCACGUGUCGGAGGGCGAGGGCGUGGCGGCGUGCAAGCUGCACGCGGACCGCGCGCGCGAGCUGCUGCUGCUGGCGCCCGCCGCGCCGGAGCAGCGCCGCUGGGUGGCGCGCCUGGCGCGGCGCGUGCAGCGCUACGGGUACCGCGCCGCGCACACCAACCACGACCACACCAAGCUGUCGCCUAGAGAUUCCAUGCGCUCGAACCUGAAGGCGGCCUACAUGAACGCGUCGCAGCGCAGCUCCACGCUGCCCGCCAACGCGUCGCUCCCGCGGCAGUGACGCGCACGGGGCGCUGCGCUACCAUCAAAUAUCGCCGGAUAUUUAUCUCCCCAGGAAAAGGGAUCUCUGGCAUAUAUUUUAUGACAGAGAAUCGAAUACCUACAUUUGCAUCUUAUUCACGCCUGGUCUUGACGUCGUACCGGUAAUCAUGUCAUCAUCGAAAUGUUACAUCCAUACGAUAAACCCAUUUUUCGAAAUUUGAAUUUUAAUAUUCCUUUUAUAUCACACUUAUUUUAUAUUCAAUUUAAAAUGAAUAAAAAUAUUUAGGUGUGUUUUUAGCCAGUUGAAGAAUUUCAGACAACAAUUAUUAAGUGAAAUAAAAUCUAUAAUACUUAAUAUAAUGUUCGCUAGUCUCGUUUAUAUUUUGACUAACAAUAAGUAUUGGCAUCAUUGCAAUGACAUAACCCCUUAAAUUUUGUACUUAUUAGAAAAAAAAAAAUGAUUUAGAAAAAUGUCUUUCAAAAAAGUGUGCUUCAAUUGUCUGGUUUCAAUUGAAUGUCGCUGUCGCUGUUGUCGUUUCGAUAAGGGACAUGUAAGUGAAUAAAAUAAUGAUUGAAUUUGAAAUAAAAAUUUGCCAACGAACGUAAUCAAUAAUUAUUUAAUUAGUGAAUGCAUUAAAAGCGGUUUAGUGAGAAAAGAGAGAUCGCACAUGCUUUCUUGUUACGUGACUCUUAUUAUAUUUUGAAACUGACAAGAAAUAUGUGCUAAUAGAUAAGUCUCCAUUAUUAUCGAUGUAACAAAGUUUUAAUAAUUUCAUUUUCGAUCAGUUUCAACGUGUACAUAUUAUGUAGUUACAUUGUGUUGAUAUUAUAUUUUAAUUUGUAAUAUAAUUUUGUUACGCGUUAAUAGGCGGCGGAGUUCUGUCGUGACUUUGGUGCGAUAGAUUUGCUUUUAAGUAGAUCGCGAAAUAUUAAUGAAUCGUUAAACGCUUUUAGGCGCGCUCUGUUUGGGUAUCGCUCGACUGAUUGGCAACCAUGUUAGAUACUUUAUGAGUACAGUCGUUGUUUUCGAAUAAUUUCAAACGACAACAUCGCUGGUGCGGGACUUCACAGUAGAUUGAUACAAUUCAGUUUUCAGUAAAUUAAGGAUAUUUCAAAUUUGUAUAAAAUUACUUUUUAUACUUACAAACAGUUAAUAUUAGCUAAAAGAAGCCAUUCCAGUAAUUUCCAGUCAAUUACGAUGAGACUAGAAUGAGACAAUUUUAACCAAGUGUUGUUAGUAGUAAGAUGUAUUGCAAAGAUAUGAAAUUUUCACAACGUUAUACGAGGUCCCGAAGGUAUUUGUUAGUAAUGACCAAAAUAUUUGUACUUGUAUAGUUUGUUCACUAAUACCGCGUUAUGGUGUGGCGUAUGUAGGGAGUGUUUUAAAAAAAUAAUUGCGCAAUAAUCGCUCGUUAAGAAAAAACGAUAUUUUCCAAGCUUUUUAGCUUCGUUUUAAGUUCGAAAAACCAAACGAAGCGUGUGUAAUAUUUGCGCCAAAAAUACAAAUUCCAGUAAUUACAAAAGUUAACACUCUCAAUAACUUUUUUUGAAAAUAUUACAAAAUAAGAUCAAGCAAUACUAAAACGGAAUUGAUUAGAGUAAAAAUUAAUGCUAACACUAAUGGUUUACUAGACACGAAAACGUAAAAGUUCAUGUACUUACGAAAUAUUAUACAACUGAGGGAACCAAUUUUAAGUAAGUUUGCGUUGACAAUCUUCAUUAACGAGGUAUAGUGCCAUAAUGUUUUGUAGUUCUUGGUAUUUGCUCAACCUCACUAAUACAUAACAUGAGUUUGCAAUUGACCUAACAUAAGAUACACAUGUGCUUCCCUUUGUCUCCUUCAGAUUAUUGUAGCCCAUAGGCAAAGAAAGUUGUAGACGUUAAAACGAAAUAUUGCGAAAGUAAAUUACUCAUUCUUUGCUUAUGCAAUUCGUAUGUAUUUUUUAAAUAUUAACCCAACAAAAUAUAUGUGUUCAGCUUAAAAAUACUAGUUGAUUUAAUAAGUUCAUUUCAAAUUCAAUUUCUUGGUGCCAAAUUUCGCUCUAUGAUAAAACAUGUACAAAUUAUAGCUAAAUAAACUUUAAAUAUAUAAUUAGUGAAGUCACCUAAAACGGUUGUGUAAAAUGACACCAAUGUGAGCUUAUUAUGUGUAGGAAUUACAUAAUUAAUUUUCAAUAAAACAAAUGAAGACCGUUAGAUUGUCAUAAAAUGCAGUCAAUGAAGUGAUCAAUAAAGUACAAAACUAGAUAUGAAAGUACAUUUAUUACACAGGACACCGCUUGAAAUCCUUCUACGCGAUAAAGAAUACUUGUCCAUAUUCUUAAUGUUCUCGGUAACACCAGUGUAGUGUAAACAUACGAAUAUCGGUAUUGGUGUUUUAAUUUCUGUAUAAAAUUUGGCCUAAUUGUGAAAGACGCCGGAACGGUAGAAGAAGGCUCAAACUCGGACAGUUGUGAUAAUAGACGUGUGUAGGUAACACCCGUGGUGCUAAAGCGAAACAGGCCUCCGACGCAUUGUUGUUACUAAUGGUUCUUGUUAAACAUUAUUAUGCGCUGUUUAUUAUUGCUCUACGAACUGUUAACAUUCCUGCAACAAAGCUAUGUUGAUUUUUGUUUAUCUUAGUUUUACGUCGUCUCGAGUUAAACCAUUUCGCUUGACCAGUUAUCGCUUUUAUAUAUUCUAGUUUUAAGUUUGAAAAAAAUCUCUACUCGAUACAUAACUGACAUACGAAUUUUAAAUAUACGUACUUAAAUGUUUUAUAAAUUGCAAUUAAUCGUAGUUAUAUGCUUAUAUUUUGAGAUGCAUUUUUCAAUUUUAUUUUGUUAGGCAGCUAUUGCAUUCUUUCGUGUGACGUCAUUCCAUCGUUAACCCCAAAAAAUAAUUUGUUACGCACGUUCGGAUAUUUCUGUUUAUUGCCAAAGAAAUUUUGGAAUUUUAAUUUAUACAAAUAAUUGCAAUUUAUUAUUUUUUUAACGUUAUUCCGUUAACAAAUAAAUUAUGCUUGUCAUUAAUAUUAAUUCAGUACCUAAAUUAUAAUAUGUUUAUAAUGCAUAAUUACUGCGCUGGUUUCUAUUGUUGUUAAACAUAUUCGGGAGUAUUUUUAUUUAGUAGAAAUGGUCUCGGUGGUGGUACAAAAAUACUCUCGAAAUGUUGCCCCUGGAGCAUCAUUUCAAUAGCGAGCAGUGUACAAUCGUCAUUAUGAUAAAUUAUUUAUUGUAUUACAUCAUAACGUUUUUAUUUAUCAAUUUAAAAUUGUAAGUUCCUAACUAGCUAGCUUCUCAGAUAUCUAAUGCUGAUGAUAAUACAUUAAACAUUUACUGUUUGUCGAUAAGUGGGUAUAUUUUUUUAAUGCUUAUUAAUUAUUAUAAUCGGAGAAUCUUUCGUUAAAUGUGCUUUAGAAUUUGAUAUAGUCUUAGUACAAACUGCAGUGCGCAGACAAUACGGCAUCGGAGCGCUGUCGGCGUAUUGUCGGUGCAUUUCCGUUUCGACGUCGCGACAAGGUCGCUGCGUGUGCGACGUCCGACGUCUGUUGCAAUACUAAUAUACCACGUGCCUUAGCUACACGGCCCACUCCCAUAUCAUCUAGACAUACUAUGUUAUAUGUAUUGAUAGUUAUGAUAAUGUACAUAUGUUUUCAAAUAAACCAAUAUUUUAUGGAUUUUUUAAGGAAUUUGUAUAUUGUAAAGAAAAUUAUUAAUUUUAUCAUAAAAUUAAUGCCUAGCUCAUAAGUGCUACAUUUGUGAAAAAAUAAAUAACAUUUUAAAA